AUUCUGUCAUUUCAUUGACCAUUGUCAGUGAGUCGUGGCCGUGAGACUUGCUAAAGUGCCAAAUACAUUUCCAUACACCCCAGGCUCAUCCCGAAAUCAAAAUGAGUGCUAAAUUGCAAGAAUAUAAGGUCUCUAUAGAGCGCAGCUUAAUGGACAAGAGCAAACCUUGGACGAAAUACUUCGAGAUAGCCGAGCAAAAAACCGGCGUGAACAGAGUAUAUUUAUUUGUCGGCUUGGUCGCGUUCACCGGUUUAUAUUUAGUGUUCGGAUUCGGCGCGGAAUUGAUAUGCAAUUCUAUAGGAUUCGUGUAUCCGGCAUACAUGUCUAUGAAGGCAUUAGAAUCGCCAGUUAAAGAUGACGAUACCAAGUGGCUAACGUACUGGGUGGUAUACGCUUGCUUCUCCAUCGUCGAAUAUUUCUCAGAUUUCAUCGUUGGCUGGUUCCCGCUUUACUGGUUGAUUAAGUGCAUCUUCAUUAUCUGGUGUUACCUACCAACGGACUACAACGGUUCUCUCAUCAUAUAUCAUCGUCUCAUCCGUCCCUAUUACCAGAAGCACCACGGCCGUAUUGACGACAUCGCUAACUCAGAUAUCGUGGAUAAGUUGGUUAAAGACGCCAACAAGCACAUUGAUAAAACAUUUAAGGCUUUCAACAAAAAAUUGUCUGAGCUGCAUAAAGAUUAAGACUGUCAGGUAAACAAGAAUAAAGCUGUAAACACAUAGAUAUAUCUUCCCGUUUGGUAGCGGACGCAGUUAGGAAGAACACAUAAAUCCUCAGUGAAUAUUCCAAACACGGGGAGCGAAAAGUACAAAAUAUACUUGCAUCUAUCUGCUUUUGUACACGCUUCAAGCAAUUUAAAAAAAAAAAAAACAAGACAAAAUAUAUUUUUUAAAAUCAAUCAAAAAAUUGUACAAUUCAAAAACAAUGGGCAAAUAUUAAUUAAUAAGAACUGAUCAAUAACUGGGUUUUGGCGUUAAGUAAUUGCAAAUGACAUUGUAUUAUUUAGUUAAGUGGUUUUGUAUGAUCGUGACGGUUUUUUAUUAGUUUAAAAAUUGUAGUUUAAUCUGUUGUUCUCAAAUAUGACAAAAAUGUUGAGGUUUCGAUUUUCUUGUGAUUAGGUAAGUAAGACUUCAUUAUUUUAAUUUUCUUUCUCCUAUUCUUAAGUUACCUGUCGAACAAUGAAUUUCCUGAUUUUUGUAUUUUUUUUUUAAACGUUGCUCAAGGAAUGUUAGUAUUUGUCUGUUGUUAAGUUUUCAUUAUUAAAAAAAAAUGUUGGUACGUUUAUAGAAUUUAUAUUUUUAUUAUUCACGCUAUUGAUGACGCCAUUUUGUAACCGUCACUUGAUGCAUUUAAAUUUAGAAUCGCACUUAUAUAUUUUUGUGAAUUGAAAACUAAAUAGCUAGUUUUAACUUGGACACAUUCUUUAUCAUGUAAGUGUUUUAUUAUAUAUUUGGCUUAUUACAUAAAUCCACGUUAGUGUGCCUUCAACGUUUGGCUGCCAAUUUUAAAUGUAUUCACGAGGUGUUAUUAUGCCAUUUUUUCACGUAAUAAAAGGAAUUCAUUGUAAAUGUU